UUGGUAAUUUUGGCAUCUUUCCGAUUCACCAUCGCUCCGCUCCUUUGUUAGAUUUUUAAGACGCACUUCCUCUCCCCACAGCUCCCCGUAGCCCGCCUAUACAUUCCCCUAAUCAUUGUUCCGCAUUCUUUCACAGCAUGUUCGCUGCCGCUGCUCUCGCUUCUCUCCUCUCCACCAUCGCGGCGAAUGCCGUCCCUUGCGUCCAGUUUGACUCGUCUUGGAACUUGUAUGCUUUCGGAGGCGACCAGGAUGUAAAGAUCGGGGACAAUAGCACCUGGAGCUCCCCAAGCACGACUCCCUUGUCUACCUCUGGCCGCCCCCCAUGGACAGGAAACAAUACCCAAUGUAUUCUCUCCCAAACCAACAAUGCUAUGUACGUCAUUGGCGGCGACAGCGACGAUCUGAGCAGCAUCUACGUGUACGACUUUGCGGAUGAUUCUUGGUCUACUCAAAGUACUUCAAGGACCCCUUCAGAUCUUGGAAAUUCUCGUUCAUCUACCGUGCUCGACCACGACACCAAUGUAUUCUUCACCCUUACCACCGACUCCGGCCUUUACCAGCUCGAUUUGAGUAGCAUAACAAAUUCCGCCUCAAGCGAUUCCCUCAGAUGGGAGGCUGUUUCGGACCCCAGCUUUUCUGUCGACGGUUACACUGCCACUCUUGCCCAAGCUGCCAAUCACGUUUUCUUCUUUGGUGUGCCGGGGACCGCCGCUGGCUCGGCCAACCUUUUCGUGGUGCACUACGCCUACUUUCAACCGGAAGCUCAGGCUUUCAGUGGCACUGCAUUCCCCGAUACAGUCGGUCAGGCCAUCUCCAUCCCCAACGUCGACAACAACGUUCCUUACUCAAUGGUCUUCAUUCCUGACGAUUUCUCCGAUACCUACAUCGUCACCCACUGGACUGAUCUUAGUAACUACUCUGUCACUUCUGACGCUCCUUUCGGUCUUGACCUCAUCAACUCUACCCAAACUCUCCCCGCUCCUACAUCUCAAGAUUCCACAGCAGCUUAUGCCGCUUCUCCCUAUGCCAUCGUCCAAGUUGACGCUGCCGGUGGCAUCUACUACAUGUCUAACCCCGUCCAGUCUGACUACACCGUUUCUUCUAGCGCGUCUUGGGAGAAGCUCGGCUACUCCUUAACUGGUCUGAACGAUUCCGCUUCCAACAACUCUUCCUCGUCUUCUACCGCUUCUAGCACCUCUACUGCCACCGGAGAAGCUGCUGGCUCUGCUUCUGGUAGUGCCUCCCGCACUAGCUCUACCGACGGUGCCAGCGCUUCUGCUAGUAGCACUUCCAGCUCUAGCUCUGGGGCCGAGAAGAUGACUGCCAGUGGCGAUAUCUUGGGUAUCUCUAUGGGUGCCCUCGCUCUUGUUGCUAGUAUCCUCUUGUAAAACGUCCGGACGAUAGUUGGAUAGAGGCCAGGAGCCUUGCUAAUGAGUAGUAAUAACUCGGUCCUUUGGUCAGUGAGCAAAGUAGUGGGGAGUUUAAUCUGUACUAUUAUCUAGUGUCACAGGACAUUGACGAUAGCAAUUCAAUG